GACGUUGAGGCGACGUAUGAAGCUGGGAAAACACUGCUAUUGUUAGCCGCUGAAAAUGGCCACGCAGGCGAUGUUGAUUUGCUACUCCAGUGCGGUGUUAAAGUUGAGUCAAAGGAUGUGUCUGGCCGAACACCACUAUCGCUAGCCGCUAAACAUGGGCAUGCAGCUGUUUUUGAACGGUUACUCCAGUGCAGUGCCAAUAUUAACGCAGAAGAUGACAAAGGCAACACUCCACUGUCACUAGCUGUUAAAUAUGGGCAUAUAGCUGUUGUCAAACUGGUACUCCAGCGCGGUGCUAAAGUUGAGUCAAAGGAUGUGUCUGGCCAAACACCACUAUCCUUAGCU